AUGGCGGCCUCCGAUUUGCCUCAAUUGCCUGCCACCCACGUGGACCUGGCCAGGUACAUUGCUGAGCAUCCUGACAAGCCCAUGGUUGACAUAAUGGAUCCCUAUCGCAAGUAUGAAGCUCGUUUGCGAGAGGUUUAUGCACAAGAUCGUCAGAACCCAAUUCUCAACGAUCCGUAUCUCAAUGUUGUCCCUCUCUUUACCGAGGACACCGCCAAGAUCACUACCCGAGCAAGAGACUUGUCGGCAGAAUCGGAAGAAGAAAAGUCCAGAUAUAUCAUGCCCCUCCCAGAGGACAAACGAAGACCACAUGGCUCGCCAGCUACUGUCGCCGACUUGACAGAAUUCCAAAACAAUUUCAACGUCUUCUCAGAGUCGUCACUGGUUGAAAUCGAUUGGAACAAUGUGGUGGCCGCUGGAUCCUCAGUUGUCAACUGUUUAUUGCCGGUCCCCAAGGAAUUCAACGUCUCCAAGCGCAAGUUGCGCGAGUAUUAUCACGAAAAGUUCUGCCCGGCAUCUGACGUUGAUCUGUUUCUGUACGGUUUGACCCAUGACCAAGCCAUUGAGAAGAUCAAACAAAUCGAGCGAGCUGUCAAAGAUGCUUUGCUCAACGAAGUCACUGUUGUCCGUACAAAGUACGCCAUUACCAUUGCAAGCCAAUACCCCGUCCGCCACAUUCAGAUUGUCCUUCGCGUUUACAAGUCCGUCAGUGAGAUUCUUACCGGCUUUGAUAUCGACGCUGCCGGUGGUGCCUAUACCGGCAAGCAAGUCUACGUGACUCCCAGGGCACUGGGAAGCUUCAUUACUCAAAUCAACCACAUUGACUUGUCUCGCCGUAGUCCCUCUUAUGAGAACCGUCUAUCCAAAUAUUCGCACCGGAACUUUGAGGUAUAUUGGCCAGACCUCGACCGAACCAGGGUCGAUCCCACCAUUUUCGAGAGAAGUUUCCAACGAACCCUCGGCUUGGCUCGACUUCUUGUUCUGGAAAGAUUGCCCACAAACUAUGCUCGGGAGACUUAUCUGAACAAGCGACGCACUGAGCGUGGUAGACCAACUCGAUACCGAACGUUUAUGCCCAUGCGCGGCAAUAUCAAGGAUUCUCAUGAAGAUGAGGUAGCGGACUGGCUGUCGGAAGAAGAUGUCAGCAACUAUCACACUUUUACGGUUCCGUAUGGCGAAAAGUUCAACGCGAAGCGAAUUGAGAAGCUCUGCUAUACUAGAGACUUGCUGUUGAAUGCUGAAUGGAACCAGCCCAAGGAGCGCGAAGUAUACCUUCAUCGCCAUCCUGCUUUCUUUGGACGAGUGCAAGAUGUCAUUGAAGACUGUUGUGGCUCUUGUCCCAAACCAGUAACUCCAGAGGAAAUUGAGGUUGCUGAGAAAGAAGCAGAAAUUUACAUUUCUGGAAAGGUUUCAUUUCUCAUUGAUGAUCCUGGCCGUCAACAAAUUGGCUCUUUCAACCCAUUGACAGAGCAAGAUUGGACGGACAUGGCAUAUGUCGGCAAUACUGCUCGACUUUGCCAGUCAAUUGUUGACGGUGAUGUCGACGAUGUACUCAACUGGCUUUCUCAGGAAGAGGCCGAUCCUAACAAACGCGAUUACACUGGCCGAACUCCGUUGCAUCUCGCAGUGAUGACUUCGACUCCUGAAGUUGUCAAGUGUCUGGUUGAUCAUGGCGCCCGUCUGACAGCCCGUCUUGCCGAUGGUAAAACGGCACUGCACUUGGCAGCCGCCCGCGGUAAUACCGAAAUGAUUAAAAUUCUUAUGGAAAAGAGCAUUGAAAAUGAGGAGGUCGAGGAGGAGAAGCAAGCGAGGCGCCGAAAGGCUGCUCUUGGAGAUAAGAUGGAUGGAAUCAAGAAAUCCGACGAUACUGCAAGCCAGGCAUCAGCAAGCAAAGAAGAACCAGAGCAGGAUGAGAAUGACGAUGACGAUGACGAUGAAAUGAAGGAUUGUUCGGAAGCAGAGUCUGACGGUGAGCUUGUUGAUGGCGAAAAGACGGAGCUGGACGUGCAGUCUCUUGCCACAGGGUCUUUCGUCAACGUUUCAAAGAAGAAGGAUGGUGAAGCUACAGGUGAUCUGGUUCCAGAAGAAUCCGAGGAUGAACCAGACUACUAUCAAAUUGAUGUGCUUGCUUGGGACACACCUUGCUCCCCGCUACACAUCGCCAUUGUUGAAGGACAUGAAGAGUCUGUCAAGCUACUGUGCGACUAUGGCGCCGACUCUAUCCUACCUGUCAAGUUCCUCAAGAACAAUGAUUUCGAUGCGGCAGCGAUUUUGACUCUGACAUUGGCUCUCAGCCUUCCCAAAGACCAAGCUAUCUCGAUGGCUCGGUUGCUCCUCAAACUUGGUGCGACUUCGUCUCAGGCCGAUGCUCGGGGAUGCACAGUUUUCUACCGAUACAUAGAACAUGGGGACACUGAGCUCGUGGAGGCCCUCUUGGAAAAUGACAAAAUGGGGGUGAAGACAGCAAUCAAUCACCUCGUCUUCGGCGGCUACAGCUGGAAUCCCCAAACCACUUCACCUCUCCAUGGCGCCCUCCAGCACGGUGACCCAAUCUUAAUUCUUAAGCUCUUAAAUGCCGGAGCAUUGCCCGAAGUCGAUUUUGAUACGUGGUUGAAAGCUGCCAAGAUUGCGCCAGAUGUGUCCGGGAACCUUGGUGACCUUGAGCGCUCCAAACAAUCCUACAAGAAAUCUUACGAAUCUCCAUUGUGCACCGCCAUUCGGCAUGGAAAUACAGAGGGAGCAAUGAGACUAUUGGAGAAUGGGGCUGAUAUUAAUGCUAUGACCCACGAUACAAAUAUUGCCUUCACUGAUGAUUGGCGAUGGAGAUACACAAAGGGAACGUCAGUUCUGGAUCUCGUCCGCGACAUGAUUGAGAUCCUGUCUGAGUACGAGGGUGAAGAGUCUACUGUUACGAAGCCAGAGAUACAACCCGGACUCGAUGCCUACCUAGAAAAGCUUGAGCCCGGCACUUACAGACAUUGGCUGGUUUCUCGAGAUGUGCGACAGAAGAAGAAGAACUUUGAUAUCAGUAUGGAGUGCUACGAAAGACGUCUAAAAGAACUCGAAAGCGUCAGGGGAGCAGCAGAAAAGCUAGAGGCUGUACAAGACACCUUGAAUGGGUUCAAAUCUCUGGAAAAGUUCAUGGUCACCAAGGGAGCCAGGACAUUUGCAGAACUGCACCCUAAAAUUGAAUGCGAGAAGCGUAAAAAUUCCAGCAGCGAGGAUGAAGAGGAGAGCAAGAACAAUGACUAUAAGUAUGACAUUGUUUUCAGAACCGACAAGGAUAUGACCGACCCGAGACAUAAAGGAUAUAUUGAGCUCAUGGAAGCUGCUUGGGCAGGAAACGUGGAUCGGAUUAAGGAAUUGACUCUGCAAGCAUGGGGUGCAGAAAACGACCAAGCUCCCUUGAAGGCCGCCAUCACAGAUAAUGUCUCUAAUUCGCCAUUUUCCAUCGCUUUCCUGCGCGGUCACUAUGACGUUGCCAGGGCUAUUUUGGAGGUUGUGAAGGCUCAAUGGUCACCCGCGGACAAAGAUGAAGUCCGCUACAAGAUGAAGCAAGAGCAACCAGUUGAUGAAGACGAAUACUACAGCGAGGAGGAUGAGUCCGGCGAAUCAGAUAGCGAUCCAGAUAUUGUGUCUCAAGUCGUCGACAAGAACUUCACUAUUGACAACAUUGGUCAAGUGUCCAUGCAAGUCAAAUCGCACAGUACUCCAGUACAGCAUCUGUGCGAGAAUGUAUCAACAUUUACAGUGAAGGACGGCAAGCCUUCGGAGACAAAGUGGUGCAAUCGUACUCUCUUCCAACAUGUCAUGGAAAACGAUGAUGUGGUUGGAUUAAAGGCUUUGUUGGAUAUGGCACAGCAUUUUAGCGAAGAGAAGGCACCAAGCGAUGACGAAGAGGCGAGUUCUAGGUUCACAUUCCCUGAAGGAGACUUCAGAUGGGCUGUGGAACAUGGAAAGGUCCAAAUGCUGUCUCUCGUUAUCAAGCGAACCGGUGCAGGCGUGCCCCUCGAUCAUCUCGUGAAGAAGAGUGGUGUUGAGGUCAAAGAGAAGCCAAGGUUCUACCAAGGCCUGACCGUUUAUGGCAAAAAGAGAAAGGAUUGGGCAAACGCCGGCCGGGGCGUGGUGAGCAGGACCAGUGGCAUGAAGACGCCGCCCCUGUUGCACGCCGCUUUAGAGGGAUCACUCGAAGGUGUCGAGUUCUUCCUCAGUGACAAACCCCACAGGCUCUACGCAGAGUUUGGUAAAUCCAAGGCUGCUCGCGAAGAUUCCAGAUUCAAACAUUUGAAGGAUAGUCCCGGUGGCUUUGAUCGAGCUAUUUCGAAGUGGUUGGGCGCCGACAAUGACCUGGUCAUUCACUGUGCAGUUUUGGGCAAGUCCAAGGAAUCAGCGGAACUUGUUGAGUACCUUGUGACAAACUGCCCUGAAUAUCUCGAAAAGAAGACUUCCGAGGGAGAAACACCCUUGAUGGUUGCCUGCAGACUUGGUCGAACAGACUUUGUCAAGAUCCUGAUCGAUGGUGGAGUGGAUCAAUCCACCAGAAACUUGAAGGGCGAGAAUAUUCUCCACGCGUGUCUGUCGAAGCUUCCCAAGGCAUCUCAGUUGAAGCCCAUGUUGGAUCUCUUUGACGCCGAGCUAAGGAGCUAUCUUUUCCAGCAACGUAAGAACAUUACUGAAAAUGGCACCACGCCGCUGCAUACCUGGAUCUGCCAGGCUUCUGGUCUGCCGGCGAACGGUGAAAGUGAACCACCAUCGCACAAUUACUACCACCUCUACGGAAGAUACGCCUCAAGAGGAGCCUACACGGACGAGAAGGAUGUCGCCGAUAUGCUCAAGCUACUCCUCGAGUACUCCAAAGGUGAAGAGCUCGACAUGCUCAAUGGAGCCGGCGAGACCUGUCUUCACACCGCUACCAAGCAGGACAUGCUUUCACUGGUCAAGAUCCUGCUAGAGUUCAAUCCACGACAACUCUACCGAGAAAACGCAGUCGGCCGCACGCCCGCAGAACUCGCACACGACGGUCUCAUCGCCCACGUCUUGGCGUGGCCCGAACGGCCCGAAAUGAAUCGCAACGAACGUAUCUCCAAAAUUGUUAACAAGUCCACCGAGACCUACGGCGACGAAGCCGUCUUCAAACAGAAGGUCGCCGAUCAGCUCAAAACCAGCAUUGCAGACCUCGGCCUCAGUGGCGACUACUCUGCCAAGGAUCUCGCGCUCAUUCUGCCUGCCAUGGGUAUUGGUGAAGGCAAAUUGCAGAAGAACCUGUCCAAGGGCCAGCUCAGGCAAGUAGCUUGGGAUUUGAUGGUUACUACAAUGAAGAAAUACGCUGGUAAGCGCCGACUAGUAAGUCUGAAUGAGGCGAACGACGUUGCUAGACGUCUGGGCGAGAAGCACACUGGCUCCCGCUACUUUAGCGUUGAGUCGCGAAAGCAUGAGGAUGAUGAAGUUACGUCAGAUGAUGGAAAGGAAGAUGAGAAGAGUGAUUUCGCCACGAGAGAACUUGAGAGUCGGUUGAGUAGUGCAUGGCGGAAAGUGAAGGAGACUGAAGAUAGUGACGAGGACAGCGAUGAUGAGUAA